CAAGAUUCUCAAAUCUCAACUGGUCCAGUAAUAGUACAACUGCUAUUUCAACUUCUCUUCCUUUCUCUGAUCUCAGGAGGAGCAAAGGAAUCCAUUACAGUUCUAUCCAAUGCAAGAUCCGUUCAAUUCGAAGCCGACGAUGAACCAGCACCCGUUGUUCUCAUCCGCAUUGAAGCCGUCGCACCACCGGAGAGCUCACUCCGAGGUGAACUUCCGGUUGCCGGAGGAUCUGGAUCUGGCGUCGGACCCGUUCGAUGCGACGCCGGCGGGAAGCUUCGAGGAUAUGGGAUCGGAGGAGGAUUUCUUCUCCACCUACAUGGACAUGGACAAGCUCGGCGGCGGAUCUAGCGCUGCUGAUGCUUCUCCCGCAGCUGGAUCCGCUGACGGUUGCGGCUAUGGGGAGAAGCCCUUCGCCCGGCCCCGGCAUCGCUAUAGCAACUCCGUCGAUAGCUCGAGCUCGCUGCUCGGCGAGAGUACAAUCGAAGCCAAAAAAGCUAUGCCCCCUGAUAAACUGGCUGAGCUUUGGACCCUUGAUCCCAAACGAGCUAAAAGGAUCCUGGCAAAUCGACAAUCAGCAGCUCGGUCAAAAGAGAGAAAGGCGAGAUAUAUAUCCGAACUCGAAAGGAAAGUGCAAACUCUUCAGACAGAAGCAACCACACUUUCUGCACAGCUUACACUUUUCCAGAGGGAUACUACAGGGCUCAGUAAUGAGAACACAGAGCUUAAACUUCGUUUGCAAGCCAUGGAGCAACAAGCUCAAUUACGUGAUGCUUUGAAUGAAGCCCUAAAGAAUGAAGUUGAGAGGCUGAGAAUAGCCACAGGAGAAAUGUCAUCUUCUUCAUCUGAUGCUUACAACUUGGGAAUCCAACAACACGAUCCUUACACUAAUAACCAAUCACCCUUCUUCCCACAAUUUCACUCCCUCCAACAGCCAAACACGUCCUCCUCCCAGCACAACCACCCUCCCGCCACCAUGCUCUCGUCUGCAUCUUUACAGGCUCUCACAGAAGCAUUUCAGCAGCAGGACCCUCUCGGGCGUUUCCAAGGCCUUGACAUAAGUAGCAGCAGAGGGUCCCACCUUCUCAUGAAGAGCGAAUCCCCUCCCAUAUCCGCCGGUGAAACCAGCUCCUCUUGAAUUCUUAAUAUUUAUCAGAAUUGUUAAUAGGCUGACACCAUUUUUAAUAUUCUUCAUAAUAAUUUUUUUCUUCAUUUUUUCUCCCCUGUUGUGCCAUUCAACUUGAGUUUUAGGGUUAUUAUCAUCUGUAGCUCAAAUGUGGUCUGGAUAUUCUUUCUUGUUUCCUAUGGGAGGUGGAGACUCUUGCAUAGAUGAAUCUAUUCAUUGUCUUACUUUUCGAUUAUGAAUUGUGCAAGUGUGUUCCCCCCCCCCCCUUUUAAUUAUAUUCAUAAUGAAAGAAGCAUUUAAACAUUAUAAAUUUAUACUUCUUAAUAAUGUUAAUUAAAUCUG